CGUGAUAAAACAAGUGCCAAAACCAAAAGUGCUAAUUCAGUGAGUGAGUGGUAUUUUGAUUGAUUACUAUUAUUAUAAUACUAUAAGGGCAAAGGUACAAGUGAAGGAAUUGAAUUUACGGAUAAAACGGUAUUUAUUUGAAUGAAAAGGUUUCGCGGGGCGUCGUGAAGAUGGAGGAAGAGGAAGACGAAGGGGUUUGGUGUUCUUCUGAUUCGGGCGACGAUGAUGUCGAAGAACGGAAAUCGCAGAAUGUGGAUGCCCUGAUCAGGGGCAACCUCAUCGUGAAGAGACAAUCGUUGCUACCGCGAGUUCUAUCAGUUUCGCAAGGAGCCGCUGUUUGUAGAAAACCCUUUAAACCUCCGUGCUCUAAAUCUGAUGCUUCUGGUUACAAUCAAGACCUCACUCGUAGGCUUUCCGCUCGCAAAAGGUUUGUUCCCUGGGGUUCUUCCUCUGCUCUUCCUAGACCUGCGUUGGAGGAGUUGAAAUUGAACGUACCAGUCUCGGUCACCGAAAGCCAUGUCGAGGAGGUCAAACUCUCUUUGCCCCCGGGUAUUGAUCCUCUUGUAUUGUGGCAAUGGCACCCUCAAGACUCCGACAAUGGCCCUCCCGAAGCUAAUUUCACCACCAUAACAGUUGACCCCUUUCUUGUUCGUUUCCUUCGUCCACAUCAGAGAGAAGGGGUUCAGUUCAUGUUUGAUUGUGUCUCGGGGCUGUGUACCUCACCAAAUAUACAUGGAUGCAUUUUGGCAGAUGAUAUGGGUUUAGGGAAGACAUUGCAGUCGAUCACAUUACUAUAUACUCUAAUUUGUCAAGGGUUUGAUGGCAAGCCGAUGGUUCGAAAGGCCAUCAUUGUGACUCCGACCAGCCUUGUCAGCAAUUGGGAAGCCGAAAUCAACAAGUGGGUUGGAGAAAGAGUUCGUCUUGUUGCUCUAUGUGAAAGCACGAGAGAAGAUGUUAUCUCUGGAAUUGACAAUUUUAUAAGUCCACAAAGCAAUUUACAGGUGCUCAUUGUUUCAUAUGAGACAUUUCGAAUGCAUUCGUCAAAGUUUAGCUCUAGUGGCUCAUGUGAUCUUCUCAUAUGUGACGAGGCUCACAGACUGAAAAAUGAUCAGACCAUAACAAACCGGGCAUUGGCAGCUCUCCCCUGCAAACGUAGAAUUUUGUUGUCAGGAACUCCUUUGCAAAAUGACUUAGAAGAAUUCUUUGCAAUGGUUAACUUUACUAAUCCUGGAAUAUUGGGUGAUAUUGCGCAUUUUCGACGUUACUAUGAGGCACCGAUUAUUUGUGGAAGAGAACCUGCUGCCCCCCCAGAAGAGAAGAAGCUAGGUGCUGAACGCUCUGCUGAAUUAAGUGUUAAUGUUAAUCGGUUCAUAUUAAGAAGGACUAAUGCAUUGUUAUCAAAUCACUUGCCACCUAAGAUAGUUGAAGUUGUUUGCUGCAAGUUGACUCCACUACAGUCAGACCUAUAUAAACAUUUUAUACAAUCCAAAAAUGUUAAGCGGGCAAUUAGCGAAGAACGGAAGCAAUCAAAGAUUUUGGCUUACAUUACAGCUCUCAAAAAGUUGUGCAAUCAUCCAAAGCUUAUCUAUGAUACCAUACGAAAUGGGAGUCCAGGAACUUCAGGUUUUGAGGACUGUAUCCGAUUCUUCCCUCCUGAAAUGUUAUCUGGAAGGUCUGGCUCAUGGACGGGAGGGCAUGGAGCGUGGGUUGAGCUAUCCGGUAAAAUGCAUGUCUUAGCAAGAUUACUAGCUCAUUUACGCCAGAGAACAAAUGACCGCAUUGUCCUUGUCUCAAACUACACUCAGGUAUAUGGUAACAAAUGAAAAGUUUGAUGUUACAUUGAGGUCCUCCUUUCUAAUAGUAGUUGUACCUGAUUAAUGUAACGGUUUAGAAUGAAUUAAGAUCCAUACUUGUAUCAAAUGAUUUAUUUUUGUGAAUAAACAAUUUUAUGUAGUUUGAGGUCAGUUCAGGUAGCAUCCUGUAUAUAAUAUUUUUCUAAAGAAUGAAUCUCACAAGCCUUAUGUUUUCAGUUAUUACUACCAACAACAUUGCGUAGAUAAACUGAUUAGUGUUGGGUAGAAGUCACACCCUCCUUGUGGGAUGGCACUUGAUAGAAACCAUUCCUCCAAGUGGAGCAAACCCAUUCAAGUCUAUAGUCGGAGGCCCAAGAAUAAAACCCAAUACUGAGUGUUAGUGAGACUGCUGUUAGCUAGGAGGGGUAUUUUGGAAAUUACAGAUUCUGUUAUUAGAAAGUGAGGGUUGGUUAUAUAUUCCUUUGUAAUAAUGAUGGGACAUCUUUUAGAAAUUGGUUAGUGAUAUUGGGAGCAGAGAGAUACUCCUCUCUUGCUUGGGAGAGCCUUGCUCUCUGGAAAUCUGGUUUCUUUCCUCUCUAUUCUGUUAUUUUCUAUUUCCAUUGCAGGUACCUCUGAUACAUAUUGUAUCAGCACUUGAGUCCUUUCUCUUGUUAUCCUCUAAAGAUUUUUUAUAUAACAAAAUAUUGUAAAUAUCAGAAAUAUUUAGAAGAUCUAGAAUAUCUUUAGA